GUUCUUUAAAAAAUUUCUUGGCUUCUUUCUCUCUCACUUUCUAUCCAAACUCAAAAGGCUCUGUUUUUCUGAAGUUAAAUUUCAAUCAAGCUGGAGAUUCUUUAGAAUUGGAUCAUAAAGAGACAGCGAUGGGAACAAUCUGGAUAGUCGGGUGAAGUAUAAUGGUGAUGUUGAUUUUUCUCUAAUCUGUUUGUAUGUGGCAUUUAACCUCUCAAAGAGAAUCCGAGGUUUCAUAACGUUACUGCUAUUAGAACUAAGACACACCAAUAAAAUGCUAAAUUCUGAGUGUUAGCAACUUUCAUUUUGGUUUCUAAACAAUCCUGCCAGGCUUGAAUCCUUUGAUUGCCGCAGCCCCUAUAAAGGGACAGAGAAACUGUUCAAGUAUAGCACCCAUCAAUGAAAGCAUCCCAGCAACCCAGAAGUUCAGUCAUGGCCAGCAGAGUGUACCAUCAAGUAAAGCAAGAAGUUGAGCCUUACUGCUUCCCUCAAUUCCCAGCUAUUGAUCGCUCUCUCUGCAAUAGUGAUACCAGCAGCGGAUCCCACUUCUCUGUUAAGAAUUCCAGUGAGCAUUAUUGUGCUUUGGUGUCAUCUUCUGCAUAUGGCAGUUAUACUGUCUACAACUCUUCAUCAUCUGCCAGUUUCUCACCCAAUCGAAGCUUUAUGUCACAGCAAGAAUCUCAGUCAUAUCCAUCUGACCUGCAUCACUCUCCUGACAAUACCUAUGGCUCUCCUAUUAGCGGUUCCUGCAUAACUGAUGAUGUAAGUGAUUUGAGGGAUAAGCUGAGAGAGCUGGAAACUGUGAUGUUGGGGCCUGAUUCUGAUAUUAUUGACAACACAAUCUCACCAGAGAUGGAUAGCUGGAGACUUGUAAUUGAUGCAAUCUCCAGAGGGGACUUAAAGCAGGUCCUUGUCUCCUGUGCAAAAGCUGUAUCAGAUAAUAAUCUGUUGAUGGCUCAGUGGUUAAUGGAUGAAUUACGUCGGAUGGUGUCAGUUUCUGGUGAGCCUAUCCAGAGGUUGGGAGCAUAUAUGUUGGAAGGCCUUGUGGCACGACUGGCCUCCUCAGGGAGCUCAAUCUACAAAGCUUUGAGAUGCAAAGAACCGGCAAGUGCUGAUCUGUUAUCUUACAUGCACAUUCUUUAUGAGGUUUGUCCCUACUUCAAGUUUGGUUACAUGUCUGCAAAUGGAGCCAUUGCAGAAGCCAUGAAGGAUGAAGAUAGGGUUCAUAUUAUCGAUUUUCAAAUAGCUCAGGGGAGUCAGUGGGUCACUCUCAUCCAAGCAUUUGCAGCUAGGCCUGGUGGGCCACCCCACAUCCGAAUAACUGGUAUCGAUGAUUCUGCAUCAGCUUAUGCCCGUGGAGGAGGCCUUAACAUUGUGGGAAAGAGACUGUCUAAACUUGCAGAGCAUUUUAAAGUGCCAUUUGAGUUCCAUGCUGCUGCCAUGUCUGGUUGUGAGGUUCAGGAGGAACAUCUUCUAGUUCGACCUGGAGAGGCUCUAGCAGUAAAUUUUGCUUUCAUGCUUCACCACAUGCCUGAUGAGAGUGUUAGCACUGAGAAUCAUCGUGACCGACUCUUGAGGCUGGUUAAGAGCCUGUCUCCAAAGGUUGUAACCCUUGUUGAGCAGGAAUCGAACACAAAUACUGCUCCAUUCUUCCCAAGGUUCUGUGAGACAUUGAACUAUUACACAGCCAUGUUUGAAUCAAUUGAUGUGACUCUUUCACGGGAACGUAAAGAGCGGAUUAAUGUUGAGCAGCACUGCCUGGCAAGAGAUGUUGUAAACAUCAUAGCUUGCGAGGGACCUGAGAGAGUGGAACGGCAUGAGCUCUUGGGAAAGUGGAGGUCAAGGUUCAGAAUGGCAGGGUUCACUCCUUAUCCUUUAAGCUCCUUGGUUAAUGCCACCAUUAAAACACUGCUUGAGAACUACUGUGAUAAAUAUAGGCUUGAAGAGAGAGAUGGGGCAUUGUAUCUUGGCUGGAUGAACAGGGAUUUGGUUGCUGCUUGCGCAUGGAAGUGAUUUUCUUUUUCUCUUUAUCAUUGUAAUCACACGUGAGAACAGGGGACUUGAAUCAGUCAAGGCCACGGGCUUGCAUGGAAGUGAAAAUUAACCUUCAAUUAGUGUUCUUUUAGGAGCCUCUUCAUUGAGCUGUGGUAGAGAGUCCUACUUUUCGGGUCUCUUAUCGAAGGGGUUCCUUUUGACUGUGUACUUU